UGGUUUCCCUCCAGAGGUUGUGGCUGCUCCGUCCCUGGAGGGUUUGUAACAGGGCUGGAAGGGACCUUGCAGGUCUUCUAUUCCAACCCCCUGAUCAAGCAGGAGAUCCAAUACCAUUUCAGACAAAUAGCUGUCCAAUCUCUGUUUAAAAGCCUCCAGUGAUGGAUCCCCUACAACUUCUGAAGGCAAACUGUUCCACUUGUUAAUUGCUCUUAGUCUCCUUAGCUCUAGGCUGCUUCUCUCCUUGAUUAGUUUCCAUCCAGUUUCUUGUCCUGCCUUCAGGGGCUUUGGAGAAUAAGUUGACCCUCUAUUCUUGGUGCAACUCCUCAAGUAUUGGAAGAUGGCUAUCAUAUCACCCCUAUUCCUCCCUUUCACUAGACUAGACAUACCCAAUUCCUGCAACUGUUCUUUAUAUGUUUUAGCCGCCAGCCCCCUAAUCAUCCGUACUGCUCAUCUCAGAGCUCUUUAUAGUGUCUGUCAAUUCUUUUUUUUAUAUUGUGGCGAUUUAUUAUUUAUUGGUUCAAUUUAUAUGCUGCCCUUCUCCGGAGACUCAGGGCGGUUUACAAUGUGUUAAGCAAUAGCCUUCUUACUUUUGUAUAUGCCUGCUUAGUAGGGCUUUUGCCCCCCCCCCCAAGCGGUGUUCUUUUUUAUACAAAGUCAGCUUAUUGCCCCCCCCCAAUCCGGGUCCUCAUUUUACCUACCUCGGAAGGAUGGAAGGCUGAGUCAACCUUGAUCAAAACUGGAUGCAGUAUUCCAAGUGUGAUGUUAAUCAAAGCAUUAUAAAUUGGUACUAACACUUCAUGUGAUCUUGAUUCUAUCCCUCUAUUUAGGCAGCCUAAGAUUGCAUUGGCUUUUUUGGCGCUGCAUCAUGGUAUUGGCUCAUAUUUAGGUGAUUUUCCACUGGGACAAUCUCAUGAGAUCCAUCUCACAAUUACUGCUAUUGAGCCAGGUUGUACCUAUGCUGUACCUUGACAUUUGCUUUUUUGUGGCUAAGUGUAAAACCUAUUUUUUUUCUCCAUUGAAUUUCAUUUUGUUGGAUAGGGCCCAGUAUUACUCAGCAUCUGGUUAAAUCAUCCUUUCCCAACUAUUCCUUGUGAGGAGGGUGGAGCUGCUUCCUCUCAAGCAGCCUUGCUGACCAUCUCUGUGCCUCUCUCCACUCUGCUCUCCUCACCUGUGGAUUGAGCAGGAGGCAGCUCUUAAUCAGAGGUGGUCUGGAGACUGUCAUCUCUGCUGGCCCUCUGUAGCUGCUCUGCUUGUUUUUUUUUUUACUUCCAUGUCUUGCCAAUAACCAUGAUGUUUCCUAUUGGUGCUACAUCCAGGUAUUAACCAAGUUCAAUUGUGCUUAAAAAAUAGCUAUUGAGGACCUUUUGGGAUGUUCAGUUUUAUAGGUAGUCCUCACCUCAGGUUCCCUGAGCCUUCAAAGUUACAAUAGCACUGUAAAAGAAGACGUACACCUGGUCCACAAAUCAGUGGUCAUCAUAGCACUUGUUCAUUGACCACAAGUCAGCAAUUCCUGUGGCUAUGAAGGUGCAAGAAAAGGAGAUGAAACCAAUUUUUUUUUAAAUUUGAUUUAUAUGCCGCCCUUUUCCGGAGACUCAGGGCGACUUACAAUGCAUUAAGCAAUAAUGCAGAAUUUGGGUUCUGCCAACCAGUGCACAUAUAUGAUUGCCGCUGUAUCCCAUACUCAUGAUCCCCAUUUGUGACCUUCCCAGCUAGCUUCUGACAGGCAAAUCAGUGGAGAUGCCAGCAAGAAUUCAUAAGUCACGGUCAUGUGAAAUUGCCUUUAAUAACCCACAGUGAUUUGCUUAACAACUGCAGUGGAACAGAUUUAAGUUGGCGCUGUGAUGUGAUAUCAUGCUCAUGAUCGGACUGCUUAGUGACCAGGCAAAGAGAUGGUAAUAAGAACACACUGGACAACUGAUAAUAACAAGCAACUUUGAAAAGGAAGGAAAAUAAAACCACAGAAUUCUCCUUCUCCAGCAGCAGAUAGACAAAAGAGAGAAAAUUAAGAAAAAUUUCAAACUGGAAUAAAUAGAUUAUGUAGAACUCAAGGAUACAUUACAUGUAAAGUCAAGGGAGAAUAUUUUUUAUACAUAAAAAGAGGGAAAUAUCUGGAACCCAGUGGGGAGGAAAAGGUCAAUUGGAUAGCCACAUAGGGCAGACAGUGAUACCAGCCUAGCUCUGGGAGGAAAGAAAAGGCUUUAAUCAAAACUGCACUAAAAAAAGGGAUCACACAUAUUUUUGACCUCAAGAAUAUCAGUGGUGGAAAAGCUCCAUAGAUGUGCCUAUUGUAGGAAAAGCACAGAUUGCAAAUCAUAGCUGAUUAUGCACGAGCAGUUCCACACAGAAUAAAAGCCAUAAAAGUGUUCCCAAAUACUUUAGUGAGCAUGGCAACGCGUUGAUACUUCAGAGGACUCACAUCAGGUGUGUGUGUCCAGAUUGUGUGAAAGUUUCAUUGGAAAUUCCCCAUGAGACAACAGAGGACUCACAUAGGAGAGAAGCCCUUUGAAUGCCCUAUCUGUGGCAAAAGUUUCAGUCACAAUUACAGCCUGGUGAACCACCAGAGGACUCACACAGGAGAGAAACCUUUUGAAUGUCCUGAUUGUGAAAAAAGUUUCAGUCAAAAUUCCAAUCUGGUGAGACACAAAAGGACUCACACAGGAGAGAAACCCUUUGCAUGUGUUGAUUGUGGGGAAAGUUUCAUUAGAAAUUCCCACCUCGUUAGCCACCAGAGAAUUCACACAGAAGGGAUACCCUUUGAAUGUCCUGAUUGUGGAAAAUGUUUUAGUGAGAAUUUUAGCCUGGUUAAACACCAGAGGACUCACACAGGAAAAAAACUCUUUGAAUGUUCUGAUUGUAGAAAAAGUUUCAGUCGGAGUUCUCAGUUCGUGAUACACCAGAGGACUCACACACGAGAGAAACCUUUUGAAUGUCCUGAUUGUGGUAAAAGUUUCAGUCAAAAUUCCAAUCUGGUGAGACACAAAAGGACUCACACAGGAGAGAAACCCUUUGCAUGUGUUGAUUGUGGGGAAAGUUUCAUUAGAAAUUCCCACCUCGUUAGCCACCAGAGAAUUCACACAGAAGGGAUACCCUUUGAAUGUCCUGAUUGUGGAAAAUGUUUUAGUGAGAAUUUUAGCCUGGUUAAACACCAGAGGACUCACACAGGAAAAAAACUCUUUGAAUGUUCUGAUUGUAGAAAAAGUUUCAGUCGGAGUUCUCAGUUCGUGAUACACCAGAGGACUCACACAGGAGAGAAACCUUUUGAAUGUUCUGAUUGUGGUAAAAGUUUCAGUCGGAAUUAUGACCUGGUGAUACACCAAAGGACUCACACAGGAGAGAAACCCUUUGAAUGUUCUGAUUGUGGUAAAAGUUUCAGGAAGAAUUCCAACCUAGUGAACCACCAGAAGACUCACACAGGAGAGAAACCCUUUGAAUGUUCUGAUUGUGGAAAAAGUUUCAGGGAAAGAUCCCACCUCGUUGCACACCAGAGAAUUCACACAGGAGAGAAACCAUUUGAAUGUUCUGAUUGUGGAAAAAAUUUCAGUCAGAGUUACCAGCUUGUGAUACACCAGAGGACUCACACAGGAGAGAAACCAUACGAGUGUCCAGAUUGUGGGAAAGGUUUCAGUACUAGGUCUAACCUUAUAAAUCAUGUGCUUAUACACACAGGGGAAAAACCAUUUAAAUGCCCCGAGUGUGGACAGUGUUUCAGGAAAGAUUCUACCCUUAUCGGACAUAAGAAAAUCCACAUGAGGCCCACAGUGAUGAGUGUAGAGAAGGCUCUAUAAAAAUCUUUCUGGGAGUGUUCUUUGCAUUUUUAUCAUAAUAAAUGAUAGAAAUGCCAUAUGCAGGGUCCCUGCCUUCUCACUGUGUGUCCUCGAGGUUUUCAGCCCCAGCGUUCCCCAGCCAGCAUCUCUUCGGGAUAAGAGCACUCAGAUUAGUUAAGAGAUUGUGGCUCCUCAUAUAUUGAGAAAGCAAGCGAAGAAGCAGAUGGGUUUCAAAGUUAAUCUUUUCACAACAGUUCCAGGAAUUCAGUGCACCAAGCAUGUCUCUUCAGAUUUUGUCAAGAAUGAGGCACGUAAGUUCGGAGAAACCAUAUGAAUAGCAAAUAUAUUGGGGGAAUUUGGGGCAGUGACAAAAGCAGUGUAAAAUUUCAAAUGUAAAGGCUGUUCUCCCUUACAGGUGACCUUCAUGCAGAAGAGCUAUAGGAAUAUUGAGGAGAAAAGGGAUUGUGGUUUUGAGCACAGGAUCUCCAGGUUUAUUCGCGACUCCUGCUGUGAUCGCCUUUGCUUGGAGGAGCCUCCUUGUUAGCCUUUGAUGGCUGGUAGGUGAGAGCAGAACCAAGGGACUGAUAUUUUGUGGUCCCCCCCCCUUGGUGGAGAGAUGUGGGGAAAAAUUGUACAAUUGAAUAAUGUUUCAUUCCUAAAACAGCACUGCGUAAGAAUCAUGAAUAGCUUCUGAGAAAGAAAACAAAGGAAAGUCAUUGGGACAAAGGAAAACAUUGGGACACGGUAAUGCAAAGCUCUCUUCCCAACACAUGGUAGAUGUUUGCUAUUUUUUUCACUUCUAUCCCAGGGUUCCUUAAUUUUUUUCAAAAAUUUAUCCUUCAAAUAAAGACAGGAACAUUAUCUUUAGCAGUGAAAGUGACAGUUUAGCUAUGCAGAUGGAUUAUCCUGAUUUUGCUGCAAUUGGAAGAUACCAAAGAAUUCCAAGAUAGUUUAUUUCAUCAACACCAUUCAAAAAGACAGGUUACAAUUUUUUUAGUAGGUCAUCCCUUUGAAGGACAGCCAGCAACCUGGAUCAGGCAAGGCGUGUGGAGAAACCAAUAAACUCUUGGCUUGAGCCUCAAGCUCCAAGUGUCUUUGAAUUUAAUGUGCAAAAUUUCUAACCUUUAAAAUAUUAAAAUUAUAUUUAAUUAUU